GGCCGAGCAGCGGCGGCGCCAUCUCAGCGCGCCCGGCGGGAGGCAGCGAUGGGGGCCGCUGCUUGGCGUUGGGUGCUGCGCCUCUCCCGGUUCUCCGGCCGUGGCGGCGGGGCGCUGGCGGUGCUGCGGCACCCUGCGGGCAGCGGAGUUCGCGCUGCUUCGUCUUCCGGCUCCGCGGUGAGUGAGGCGGGAGCUGCCCGGCCGGCCGGCCCCGGGGCGGUGCAGGAGUCCUCAGGCUCCAGGGAUGAUGUUCUACAAGACAGACGCACUCGGAUCCAGUCACGGGGGCUGCCCAAACAAAAGCCCAUAGAAGGAGUUAAGCAAGUGUUGGUCGUAGCUUCUGGCAAGGGGGGAGUUGGAAAAUCAACAACAGCGGUAAAUAUAGCCCUCGCCCUAGCAGCAAAUGAUUCGGCAAAAGCAGUUGGUUUGCUUGAUGCAGACAUAUAUGGGCCUUCAAUUCCAAAGAUGAUGAACUUAAAAGGAAACCCAGAGUUAACACCAAAAAAUCUAAUGAGGCCCCUUAAGAACUAUGGAAUCUCAUGCAUGUCUAUGGGCUUCUUGAUUGAAGAGACUGCCCUGGCUGUAUGGACAGGGCUCAAGGUCAUGUCAGCCGUUGAGAAAUUGUUGAGACAGGUUGACUGGGGUGAACUGGACUAUUUAGUAAUUGAUAUGCCACCUGGGACUGGAGAUGUACAACUAUCAAUCUCACAGAAUAUUCCAAUUGCAGGAGCUGUAAUCAUCUCUACUCCACAAGAUGUGGCUUUGUUGGAUGCGCGCAAAGGAACUGAAAUGUUUAGAAAAGUCCACGUACCUGUUUUAGGACUAGUUCAGAAUAUGAGUGUUUUCCAGUGUCCCAAAUGUAAACAUGAGACGCAUAUUUUUGGAGCAGAUGGUGUGAGAGAUCUAGCAAAAACUCUUGGAUUGGAUGUUCUAGGAGACAUUCCACUACAUGUUAACAUACGGGAGACCUGUGAUUCAGGGCAGCCUGUUGUGAUCUCACAGCCUCAAAGCGAUGCCGCUAAAGCUUAUCUAAAGAUAGCUGUGGAAAUAGUAAAGCGCCUGCCAGCACCUCCAGCUUGAACAGGUUGUCACAGGCUUACCCAUGGAGUGAUCUUUUGAUGUGACUACUGCAAGAGUCCUGCUGCUUAAUGGUGUGGACACUCUUUUUUCAAAGAGCUUUUCUAGGAGUUAGUUUAUCACAGUUUAAGUUACAAUUAUGAUAUUUAAUGGUUUUCAAAUCAUUAUUUGGCUGAGCCCAAAUGGAUUCAAUUAUGCAGAAGAUGAUAGAUGAUAUUUAACUGCUGGACUGUAACAUUAUCAAGCAAGAAGGGACAAAGUACAUCUUUCAGAUGUGCCCUGUUUUAAGGUCAAGAAUGGAAAACAGCCUGUCCAGCCAAGCAGCAUGAUGAGAGGUAUGCCAAGAUGUAAGUCCUGCUUAAGAAAUGACAUUUGCAAUGCUGUAACUUCUGUAAUUUUUGGUUCAGCUUUUCACUUGCUUAACUACCAAAAUGACUGUAACCUUUGCAAAACCUUAAGUAGAAAAUUCAGUUAUGUAACUGCAGUACAUUUUUGUUCCUUUAAAAAAAUAAAAUAAAAGAUACACAUAUAGUCUGACUGUAAUGGAUCAUGAACCAAUUAAUUUGUUAUUAGAUAAUGUUCAAUCAUGAAGUAAUUCAGUUUACUGGAUUACAUGACCCUUAGGCUCAUUUCUUGACUGCCUUACAUUGUAAUAGACUCAGACAGGACACAAGGUAACUGAGGUCUUUGUGGAAAACUCCAGAGCUCGAUUUGCCAGGGGACGUAAGCAAUCAAGAUAAAUUAAAUUCUUGAAUGCAUAUUCCUAUUACAGUGCAGCAACUUGGAAUUUAAGUGUAAUGACAAAAUUUUGAAGGAGGGUAGACUUUGGUCUUCAAAGGGCAUGGCCCUUCUGGUUUUGUUAUCUUAAUGCUUUACAUUCUGUGAUAUUUAUUCUUGUGUUGGUGUGCUGAAGUAAAAGAAUAUGCCUCCAGGGAAUGAGUUUCUGUCUACAAUUAGAUGUCUGAGUUGACAUUUGGGCCCUUUCAUCUACACAAUGUGAAGUGUAGGCAUCCUGAACAUAAAUCUUAACUACACUGGGAGAUUUUCCACACUAAGGAAUUCUGUGCUACUGACUUCUGUGGGACACAGAUUCUUCCUGUAAUCCAAAUAAUUAUUCAUACAUUUUUCAUUAGUUGAUUUUCCUUACUGAAGCUCUAAAAGAUUAAAAAAUAAUUUAAAAAAAAGUAUCCAUUUACAUUAGGAAUGUUUGAAUCUUAUGUACCCAGAAUUUACAUUGGUGAGAGGGAUAGAAAUUAUGGGUCGAUUUUCAAGCUUUAUUGAAUUUGCAAGCAUGUAAAUGACGUGCUUCAAAGCUCGGUUUGCUUAUUUAGUUAUUUCAAGUCAAUCUUGACACAUGUAAUUGAGUCGCCUCUGCUGUGCCUUCCCUCAUGAGGUCUUGUAUCAGUAUUUUAUUUUUGUCACGUUAUCCCAGACCUGUAGAACUGACACAAAUAUUCAGACCCUUUCAGUUGCUGAAUAGAGUUUACAGAAAUAAAAGGUGGCUCAGUGUUCUGCUCUUUAUUCCAUUGAUAACAUCAUCCCUCUGAAUUUUCUCUGUGCAUUAUUUACUUGUGUUUUACCUGUUAUAGUAUUUAAUGUUUACGUCCAUAAUAACCCUGCAGUGAUUUUGGUGUAGUACAGUCAUUUAAGGAACAAAAGAAGUGGGAUUCCUGUCUUUUUUAGAAAAAGACUGUGGUAUUUGCAAGAAGGUUUGUGACUGCCUCUGACAUGCAGUUCCUAUUGAGAGUGGGUGAACAAUGAGCAUUUCUAUACAUGUACUAAUUUUUACUUUUCCUCCUUUUGACCAAUUGUUGUCUUUGCUGUGUUGAAAGUAUUACCCGUAAAACUAUGUUUAAUGCAUUUUUAUUACUUAUUUAUUACUUAUUUAUUAAUAAUUGCAUGAAGGACCAUCAGAGUAGGUGGGACAUCUUUGCAUUUUAAGGAUAACUGUGGCCAUACCAAACUUUAAAUGGGAACACAGUUGCUUUACCUUUCCAUUUUUCAUGGGCAAGAAACACAUUUCCCAGGCCUCUUCCUGCAAAACAACUGAAGGGAAUAGGUGCCAUGUCUAUUGGGACUUAAUGUUACAGAAGCACACAUUUAUUGUUAUUUUUUCAAAUUCUAGAGUACCUUGUUAACUAAAGAGUAAUGACUUCUAGCCAGUGUGCAAGAUUUCGACUGUUAGAUCAUGAAAUCAGCGAUAUUGGGUAUCGGUUGGCAGUUGGAUCAGUCAGAGGCUGAGCAGGGGGCACUGGCAUUUAACCAUACAUUUAUAAAUAAGGUCACAGACUUGACAUACAGUGUUGUUUGCUCUUUCCAGCUUUAAUAUUUUACUUUCAUCUGUCUGAUAUUUCCUAGUGUACCACUGUAGUUUUUUUGUAAAGAUGCUAAUCCUAACGAUAGGACUCAUCUCUCCUGAACUGCAGGGUUCUAUGCUCUUUGCUCAGGAGCAGUGGAAGACUUCUUGCAGAAUUACCAUGAUCAUGGGUUACCAGCACGUAAUAACUGAUGGUUGUUGUGCUGUAAGUUGCAAUUACAGACAGCAGCAUCUCACCAGGCAAAGGAGGCAUGCAGAUAGAGGGACAGAGGCUACCCCAUGCCAUCUCCUGUGUGUGCUGAGGGCACGGCUGCCAAAUUGCCUUGCAAUGCUGCUUUACCUGUGUGAGCUGCUGCAGUUCCUUCUGUCUUCUUCAGCACGCUGUUCUUUGGGUCAUGAGCACAGUUGUGCUUGUGGAUAACUCCUGCUGUUCCUUCAUGAGGAACACGCUGUGUCUUAACACAAUGUGUUUCCUGGCUUUCAACAACAUCAGUUUUGCUGAAGUUGAAGCUCAAAGCAGGUAUGAAAUUGUGUUGGUGAAAUAUUGUGCUAUAAAAUUUCUACUGCUACAUUCUGAUUGCUGCAAACUGGUAAGCCACUUAAGAUUGUGGUUUGUGCAUUCUUGCAGAUGUUAAAUUUCUCUUCACAAUAGCUGUAACACUUUAAUUGUUCUUUGAAGUUGUGAGGGGAAAGUAGUUUACAAAUCAAUUUUUUCUCUACUAAUUCAAUUAGACUUUAAAUUACAGCACUUUUUGGUUGCUCUGAUUGGUGAUCAUGGGGAUGAAGCAGCUCAUUUCAGUGUAUCAACAAGAAAGAAGUAAAUCUGAAUUCUGAAUCUGCUUCAAGUGAGACUCGCUUGGGCCUAAUACAACAGAUGAAUCCCUCCACAGUGUUCUUCCCUUUGUGGGAAUGGUUCUCAUCCAGGCCUGCACCCAACUCCCUUUGGUCUUUGAUCAUGAUUCUCCUGGAGCCAUUGGAGUGGGCUGCUGGUGUGCUGGUCAGCUGUGCUCUGGUGGUUACCAGGCCCCAUAGUGCAUGCUGAGGGCUACAGCCAAGGGGGAGAAAAAAAGAGAGGUAGUGCCAGUGAGAAUAUAUCCAGGUUCCCAGAAGACUCUGUUUCGAUAACGCCCAACUUGCUGGUGCUGGAGAGAAUCAGCAGGAGAGUGAUAACAAAGGAAAAACCUUCUGUUGCUUAGGUGAAAGAUUAAAGAGCUGUGAGCGACUCUGGGGGCUGCAGAAUUGAUUUGCAAAGGCCCCUGUUGUACUGUGCAAUGAGAUAAAGGGGAUUUAGGUGCCCCAGCUGUGCAGAGCCACUGCAAUAGCAAACACAGCCCUGAGGUUGGCAUGUGAGCUCUGUACCUGCAUACCCAGGACACUCCUUUAACAAGGGGAGCCAGGCUCUGUUUGUCUCUUUCCAGGUGUUGGUUUUGGUAGUGUCUCCAUGCCUUCAUCUUCACAAGAACAACAGUGAAGGCACAAAGACCUGUGCAGCGUCUGAGAAGAUGUAAAUCUGCAGCCCCCACACUUAGGGUAAUUCUUCAGUUUAGCCUUCACUAAGGACAAGCAAGGAGCAUUUACUGCUUCUCCUGAUAAAGCUGUAUUGCUUGUAAAAAGUGUGAGUAACAUGGUCCUAAUUGCAGGAAGUGUUUUUAGCCUAAUGACUUGAACUGGACUUUGAUCCUUGCCUGCAGCGUUUUUGAUGAAUUGACCAAAUGAGUGUCUGAAUAACAUUUUCCGAUGGGUAGGGGAGGUCUGGUGCACAGCCACAGGCUGCUUACAGACUGAAGGAAAGAUGGUACAACUCUGCUCUGGGGUUUGGUACCUGAGUGCCAGAUGAGUAUCUUGCAGCCCCAUCUGGGCCUGUAUUGUCAUUAUCCUUAUUUAGCAGAAAUGCUUCCUGAUGGAUAUGCUUAGGCAGAACAGUUCUGCUUAAGGAGCGUGACAGUAAGAUGGAUCUGAAUUGCUGAUUCAAUUUCAGAACUGACUUACAAUGACAGGAGUUAUUCCUUAUGAUGAUGAUUAUUUUUUAUUUUGGCAGCAUAGCAGCCAAGGAACCAGUAUGUCAGCCCACAUAUCAGCAAAAGAAAAAAUAAUCAUUCAAGAAGUAGCUUUCAGCUAAAUUUAAGACUUAUCUUUUAUGUGGGUUCUGUUUUACAUUAUAAAGAUAUUAAGUCUGAAAAUAAUGUGUAUAUGUAAAGAUCUGUAUUUUUCCAUUAUCUUGACACAUUCAAUGAGGCUUUCUUUUUGGUGAAAAGAGGACAGGCAGAGCUUGUUAUUCCUUAUGCACCUAUUGCUCUGUUUCUCUGUUUAUAUGAGUUUGGAUCUGAGUACCCACUUUAAUCUAUGCAAAUAAAUGGCUUCUCCCAGGGUGUACGUGAGCCUUCGAACAAGCUGGUGGGGAGAACAUCUGUUGUCCUUUAAUAUUGUUUUGAGGACUCACAGAUUUAUUUGAAGUGCUUUCACUCACACCACUGGGAUUUUAUAAAACUUGUGUUAUUUCCUGUGGUCCAGAGGUUGUUUCGUCUUUUCCAAGAGAAAGGCAGAAGGCUUCUCACACUUGCCUCCCCCACGAAUGCUUCCUGUUACUACUUGAGGGCUGUUUUAAGAGUACAACCUUCUGAAUCCUUUUUUUUUUUUUUCUGAAAUGUAUUUAUUUUUAAUGACUUUUUGAUGGUACUGGAGCACUUUUCCCUUCAAAGGGUUUCCUUUUGAAUUGACACUGAGGAAAUGCUCUAACAGUUUUAAAGCCCAGUUUGGCCGCUAUUUAGUUGAAAUAAAAUGUGAGAAGAUUAUUAAGGUGAGCUCGUGUGCUGUUCCUUCAGCAUGUAAAUGUUACAAAUAUUUUUGCAUGUAAUUAUGUGAAACUGCUAAAGUGAACAAAAGUUGAAGAGCCUGAAUGUUUCCUGCUCCGCAACGAGCAUUCUGGAGGUGAUGUGAGACCUGACUGUCGGGUGGUCAAACAGGCAGGGAUGAGUUUGUGUUAUCUGCUGGAUCAGGAAGUGUCUGCCUGCCACUUUCUAGAGGAGGAAUUUCCAUAUAAACAGGCUUUUGUCUCUGAUACCUUGAGGCCUCUAAUUAAUUACAUUCAAGAUUGAACCAGGGAGGAUUUGGGUUUGCACCACUUCCUGUUGCUGGAUAAUAGGACCCAAUGGCUAUUUCAGAGAGUUACUUUUUAAAACAAGCAUUAAAAGGCUGGGAAAAUGUGCCUCCUGAGCGACUAGGCUUUGAAAACGUAGUCUAACAAACCCGUGUUUAUUCGUGAGUGCCAGCACUACUGACCUCUCUUUUGUAAUGCUAUAAUAUCCUAAGCUUUUAGAAAGCCUGUGAAUUUGUUGCUUGUUUGCAACAUUUUUUUAUAAAUGUGUGUUUAACACAUUUCUUAUACAACAUAGAUACUGCUGCUUCACUGCUACUGCUGCUUAAUUUCUCUGCAUAAUAAAGCUCUUAUUUUGAAAGUGGAUUUCCUCGCCUUUUGGGAGGUAACACAUCUAUAAAAUUAUUACUCCAGAGAAAGAGGUGAUAGCGCUCAUGGAUACUGAAUGCUGUCCUUCCUUUUGGGUUGGUGUAGAAACUAAUCUGUCUCUAUGAAUGUUCUUGGGUUUGUUACCCUGAUGGGAAAUAAGUCUUCAAUAGUACAAAAUGAAACUGCUGGUAAAAUGUCUUUUAAUUAUCAAGAGUUGGUAGUUCAUAAGGUUUGAAAACAGUACAUGGCAGAGAUAUUUAUUUGAAGUAUUUCUGUUUUUGUACUUUUUAAGCACAGCUUUUAAGACAGAUCUGCAGAGUAGUAAGGGCAUUUGGACAAAAUCUGCUGUGGAAAUGGAUUACUUUCCACUGAGAAGCUCUGCUCUUCUCACGCAGUAUGACUCACACAGGUUAAGUAUUGCUCAACGUCACUAUUUGUGUACAGAAUGCUGCAUAUGAAUCCGCAAUAGCAGAUGAGAGGAGGGAAAGCAAUGAAGUGCCAGUGUUUGCCUGGAAUGACCUCAUGCCAGGAAGCAAGAGGAGUUUGUUUGGUACAGCAAAACUACAAGUAGAAUUACACCUUUAGUGAAGGCAGGUGGGUCAGGGCAGAACAGAGGAGGUCUAAGUAGUUUGUAAACUGGAAUGGCGUAUGAGAGGAAAUAAAACAUUUACACUGAUAGAAAUAAAAUCAGAACAUACCUGUUCUGCUUCAACAGAAUUGUGCACGUAGGAAAUGUGUGGCAUCACAGAGACGUAUUGAUCCUGGUGCUUCAGAAAUGAGGAGAGACAGAAGGGUCAGAUCACUGCAGUCCAUCAGGAGUCCUGAUCUAUGACACUGUUUCUUCAUGGUACGGAGGUUACAGGAAUGUAUAUUUACAAGAGAGCUGUUUAAAAUGCAAGCAAACAACAGCAGUUGCCACAGAAUGCUACUUGGGAAAAUAGGCUGAAAUAAAUUAACCUGAAGUUUCAUCUAUUCCUGUUCUUUUUUUCAGUGAGCACUAUACCAAUUGUUUCAUGUUUCCCUUUACAGUGCUUUAUUGGUGCUGGGUGGUAACAUAAAAAUAAAUCGGUCUAUGUAUGGGGGCUAAAAGGGGGGAUUUUGCUGUUUUGAGGUUAAAUUACAGAAUUUUCUUCAAAAUAAAAUGAGAUACGGUGUGGUUGUUCUGUAUUUUCUGUUUUGUUUUGGGGAACUACAGUAAGAAAGGAUGCCUAUCAUUUUGAAUAGUUUGAUGGAACUCUGCUAGCCAGUAGUUAGUCAUAUACUGACAAUAGGAACGUAGCCCUUACAAAGCUCUGGGCUUCUGUCUUUAUGAAUGCCAUAUUAACCUUAUCUUCCUUGGCAUGAGAACAAUAUAAAACUUUCACCUAAGAUGUGAAAGGCGUUUGAGAAGCAUGGGAGUUUACUGUCACAGCAAUGGAUAGUAAAGGUCUAUUGAAUCCAAAUUUUCAGUGCUGUAGGAGCCUGCAGCAUCGCAGUUGUGCCAUGGAAGUUCCAGGUUGUCUGUGACUUGAUAUGGAGAAGUCACACCCUGAACUGUGGCAGCAUUAAACCUUUAGACUCUGUGUUCUCAUUUUCCUCGCACAGGAAGUGACUCACUGAAAUAUUUAUUCUCCACGUUGUGAUCUGUGCUGCCCAGGGAAACAGGAAUCUAUUUACUUUAUCUCUGUAUCGGUGUAUCUUACCAGGCUGUACGGCAUCUGGGAGCCAGAGUUGGCACUGGCGACCAUUUAUUACUGGCUGGGGUUUGCUGCACUGGAGCCCAGUUGCUGUGUAUGAUACUUAGGAAUGAUGUUCUUUAAUUGCACCUGACCACACCUGACUGUUGUGGACUAGGAUUGCUGCUUGGAUUUGCUCUCCAGCUGAGUAGUGCUGCAUUGUUUGUAGGCCAUACCUGGCCCUUCAUGUUUGACGUUACCACAGGUCAUGAGACCUGUAGCUGUGAGGAGACACCAGGAAUGACCCUUUAGCAACCUUCACCGUGUAACUCGGUGCUUUGGCAAGCAAUCAGGCACAGCGGGGGAGCAUGGAGAUGGCAGAGCUGUCAGGAAAGCUGCCUGCUUUCCCUUGGAGGACUUCGGAAGAACUUAGGAGGGCCUUGGGACACCUGGAUAGCUGCAGGGCGGUUACAUGGCAUGAGGACAUGGUCUUCCAUGAACAUGAAACUAGUAGGGAAGCAAACCAGGAACCUUGGUAUUGUUCUGCCCUUCUUGCAAGGAAGGGCAGUCACUAUUGUGAAUUAGUGUUUUAAGGCUAUAUGUUGUGCUUCAAUUGGAUUGAGUAUGUCCUGAUAAUUUAGCAUCAUCAUACUCAGGUUCUAUAUGUUUGGGGGUUUUUUUGUUUUGUUUUUUAAGUUUUAAUUUCUAAUGUGUGCAAAUCAAGCAAUACUUAUAGCAAAAAUGGAAGAUGUUUCUGAUAUGCUUCUAUCCUCCAAGAGGAUAAAAAAGGAUGUCAUUCAUAAUAAAAGAACUUUUAAAGAUAGUUUUCAUAUGUUAAGCCAAGAAACAAAAUGAGGAAAACUAUUGACAGUACAGUUCUGUAAUUUCUGAUGGGACGUAUCCAAUGCCUGUUUUCUGUAACCUGUGCUCCCUAGCUGAGAACCACUGAAAUAAAGAAAGAGGGAAAAACAGAGCUUGGCAUCCAUGGAAGCAGAGAAAUGGUCAACAUAAAUGUGGAGAGAGUGAUUUAUUGUUUGCCUUAGAGCGGAGAGCUGCUAAGAAGCUGGCAUUUUGAAGCCAGGUUCUAAGAGUGGUGAUCUCACUGCAGAUUGGAAAUGUUAUGACUUUCAAACUCUGCUGUAAAUAGGAAUUAAUUUUACUCCUGUGAUGUAUUGUGGAGAACCAGAUCAUGAUCGCUGUAGGUGGCCAGUUACUGCUUGACAAGUCAGGCAGCAAUGACGCUUCCUAGCAAUUAAUGUCUUCCUCUUUGAGAGGAUUAUUACAAUUUGGCCAAGAUCUAUUUAUUGGCAUUACUGCAUACAAACAAUUUUGUUCAACAGCUGCAAUCGCUUUAAAGCCUUUUCCUGAAUGUUGACCUCCAGAAAUUUUGUCCUGUAAGACAUCUGUGACGUUAAUUUGACUAAUUAACUGACCUCCAAUCUAAGGGGCACACUUUUGCAUAUGUGUGGGGGAGGCACAGAUUGCAAGGCUGCCCUGUUUGACCAUCUCAAACAGGAAUCCUCUGCCAGACUCACUUCGGGCUGUGCUUCCAGUGAAGGAGUUUUGAGCAUUGGUGCUCUUUUAAUGAGCUUGUGGUAGAUAGUCUUGUGAAGCAGCGAUUCCACUAGAGCAGAAAUCCCAUCCUAGCUAAUUCAUUCUGAAACGUGUCUUAACUGCUCAUUACCAGUGUUUGUCAUUAUGUUUAUUUCAGCUGUUGUUUUGAUGUAAGCACAGUCAAGUGAUCUGACAACAGCAGAAAAUCACACUGCUUUUGGAGUGGUAGAUUCAGUUUAAGUGUGUUUACAGCAAUUAGUAGUCACCUGCAGUCUGUCAUCUGUUUGUGGGGGACGCCCCUCCUUGCAGACCUAUCCAGAUUUCAGCGGAGCAGCAGUGUUUGUUGCGGUAUUUCAAUUGUGCAGUGCUGUUAACUUGCCCAGUUUCUUGCAAAGCAAAUGUGGCAUAGGGCUUUUCUGUUUUGAGCCCCCAGCAUCUUGCUGACUUACUGCAGUCUGCUGCACUGAUUCUGACAGCAGUACAAAGGAUGCCCAUCUGGACUGCAAAACAUUUUUUGUAAACGCUGGUGCAUGUGAUAUAAACCCUGGCCCAAGCCCCUUCUAUGCAGUGCAGGGGCUCAAAAUCUAAAUCCCUCUGGAGAGGAGAUCAGACCCAUUAAUUCACUGUGAGGACUAUAAAAGGGAUGUUAGAGGAAGAAGGUGCUUUUCCUAAUGUGUCACCCAGCUGGGAAAAUUUCGCAUACCUGAACUGCUUGGGAGACAAAGCAGGCUGCCAGCCCUGGGCUUAGUUCUGGGCUGAGCAAGGGCAACUCACCUCUUGUAGCCCACAAUAAAGGUAUGACCCAUCUCUCUGUCUUUGUAAUGGGAUUGCAUUCUUUCAUUCUCUGUAGGUUCUGAAGCAAGUUCAAGUGUUGCUGAUCCCUUUCACAUCCUGGCCUGUACUGCCUGCCUGUUCCUUGGGAUCAGUUAGAAAGGUACAGGGAAGAUGUGGGAGGGAAAAAUGGUGACAGUUUCCAAGGUUUUUUUUUUUGUCAGUAUCAGAGAAAAGACAUUGUGCUAAACUUUCCAGCAGCUCUGCAGGAACAUUUUUGUGGCAUUAUGAUUAUCAUUUCUUAGGCCUUUUGCUCCAUCAACAAAGUUAUUUGUGGCUGUAGAGGAGUAGGAUACAUUGCUAUUGCUAUUUAUCUCAUGAUUAUCUAAUUAUCUUUGAUAUUAAUUAAGAGGAUUAAAAACACAGAUUACAUUUGUCAGAAAUGUGCUGAAUUGUUUCUUUGUAACUUAUCACGCAUGUAAACUGCCUCUGAACAGACAGAUAUGAGAAAAAGGAACACUGAGCUCCCUUUCUUUUGUAAAACUUGUCCCUCCCAGAAGUCAGUGACUUGCUUUUCAUUUAAUUUCUUUUAGCAAGUAAAACUUCCCCACUUCUUACUUUUUUUUCCUUUUUUUCUUUAAAUGACUCAAUUACUCAACAGGGAACACUGAGGCAGGUCUCAUUAGUUCCAAGCACCUGGAGGCUUUGGAGCCAGCAGCAACAUUUAGGUAAAGACUUCAGAAAGUGCUAAUCCAGGUAGUAUGUUCAUUUGAGGUAGACUCCAUUAUUCUUUACCAGAAAAUACCCAUUUUUCUUGGUUGUCUUAAUGAAAAUACCAAGAAACUUAAGUUCCAUUUCAGUUUAAUACUUAUUGCUGGCCCAUGCAAUAUGUUUAAAGAAGCUGUUUAAGAAAAAUACGUUUAUUUAUUCUAAAUAUGGAGGUGUUUAUCAAAAUAGAAUUGGUGGCGAUUAGGCUGUGAUUUUCAAAACUGAAUGUAUUUGCAACUGUUUAUUUCAUAAGAACAGUUCUCAACUCUAGUAUGUUGCCAUUGGUCAUUGUUAACACUGUGUCUGUUUCCUAUUCUGUGCCUGAAUUUGAAAUGCUAUGACAAAAAUAAAUAGGUGUGCAAACACUU